CGGAACGUUUAGCGUUAGCUAGCAGCUUGGAUAGAGGGGAAUGAUGGAUACGUUACAUAAGCUUAAACAAUUUGAUGCUUACCCGAAAACUCUAGAAGACUUUAGAAUCAAAACAUGUGGUGGAGCGACGGUUACUAUCAUUAGUGGACUUAUUAUGCUGAUCCUGUUUUUCUCGGAGUUACAGUAUUAUCUAACCAAGGAGGUCCAUCCUGAACUGUUUGUGGAUACUUCAAGAGGAGACAAGCUCAAGAUUAACAUAGAUAUUAUAUUCCCUCAUAUGCCGUGUGCCUACCUGAGUAUUGAUGCCAUGGAUGUAGCAGGAGAACAGCAGCUGGAUGUGGAGCACAACUUGUUCAAACAAAGGCUGGACAAAGAUGGCAAGCCAGUCAACAUUGAAGCAGAGAAACAUGAUCUAGGCAAAGAUGAGGGUGAAAUCUUUGACCCUAGCAAGCUUGAUCCUGAUCGUUGUGAGAGCUGCUAUGGAGCAGAGACUGAAGAGUUAAAGUGCUGUAACACCUGUGAGGAUGUUCGAGAGGCAUACCGGAGGCGUGGCUGGGCCUUUAAAACGCCGGACACCAUUGAGCAGUGCAAGAGAGAGGGCUUCAGUCAAAAGAUGCAGGAGCAAAAGAAUGAGGGAUGCCAGGUCUAUGGUUUCCUCGAGGUCAAUAAGGUGGCAGGUAAUUUCCAUUUUGCCCCUGGAAAGAGCUUUCAACAGUCUCAUGUACAUGUGCAUGCUGUGGAAAUUCAUGAUUUGCAGAGCUUUGGACUGGACAAUAUCAACAUGACUCAUCUGAUUAAACAUCUCUCAUUUGGGAAAGACUAUCCUGGAAUCAUCAACCCUCUAGAUGGCACUAAUAUUGCCGCACCUCAAGCGUCGAUGAUGUAUCAGUACUUUGUGAAAAUAGUACCAACAGUUUACGUUAAAGGAGAUGGAGAGGUGGUGAAAACAAAUCAAUUUUCAGUGACCAGGCAUGAAAAAGUAGCCAAUGGACUGAUCGGAGAUCAGGGUUUGCCUGGUGUAUUUGUGCUUUACGAACUCUCUCCCAUGAUGGUCAAAUUCACAGAGAAGCAGCGGUCAUUCACUCAUUUUUUAACAGGAGUAUGUGCUAUUAUAGGUGGGGUUUUCACAGUUGCUGGGCUGAUCGAUUCUUUAAUAUACCACUCAGCAAGGGCCAUACAGAAGAAGAUUGAAUUGGGAAAAGCUUCCUAGCGACAUCUCUGUCCAUACUAUGAACAUUACAGGUGCAUUAUAGACUCCAGGAAACUUGUAUCUGUUGGAAGGGAUGAUUCCCACCUGCUUUUGUGUGUGUGUGUGUGUGUGUAUGUGUGUGUGUGUGUGUGUGUGUGUGUGGCCACAGAGAUUCCUCUUUGAACAUGCCCCUACCACACACAAGUACCUCAGCAGGAUUUGCAGUUUACCAGAGAGACUGGGUAACUGGGUUUCACCAGUAACUGGACCGCUGCAGGGUUAAUUUGUAACAGUGAUGCACUACUGAACAAAAUUAUUUGUUAGAGAAAGAAAAUUGCUCUCCUGAAAGCCUGGUGUUUGCAGCAUCGGUUGUCAAGCACCCCUGAUCUCACCACAUUUUUGUUCUGUUCCAGUUGUUAACAAAUCUAAUAAUUCUUGAUUACUUAGACCAGGUGUGUUUUAAGAUGACAUAGGACAAGUGUGAUUAAUUUGAAUUAUCUCCAAGUACCCCUGGGCUGGACCGACAAAUUCCAAAUAACUUUUUUUUUUGUUGUUGUUUAUUUGUUUUUCUCUUAACUAAAUCAUACUUUGGUUUGAUUCAUUGUCUUAUGUGAUUACUUAAUUCAAUACUAGGGAAAACAUAACUGCUUUUGUAGGCUCUGUGUGUAUGCUUUUUCAGAAAUCUGCAACUGUAGCUGAUAAGGUGUCUGCUCUGUAUUUGAACAGCAGUUAUCAUUAUGAUCAUCAUGGUGACUAACUCAAAUGUACAACCUGAUCAUGGCAGAUACUAAAGCAGGUUCUACUUUAUCACAU